AUGGAUGAAACAGGAGGUGGUGCGUCGAGUGAUGAUGCUAGAACUUGUCCUCGCGGACAUUGGAGACCCGCUGAAGAUGAAAGACUCAGGCAGCUUGUUGAACAAUAUGGUCCUCAGAAUUGGAACUCUAUUGCUGAAAAACUUCAAGGAAGAUCAGGGAAGAGCUGCAGAUUAAGAUGGUUUAAUCAACUUGAUCCAAGGAUUAACAGAAGGCCAUUUUCAGAAGAAGAAGAGGAAAGACUUCUUGCGGCUCAUAGGAUACAUGGUAACAAGUGGGCGCUUAUAUCUAGACUUUUUCCCGGUAGAACAGAUAAUGCUGUGAAGAAUCACUGGCAUGUUAUUAUGGCUAGAAGGCAAAGAGAACAAUCCAAAGUUUGUGGGAAGAGAAGUUAUCAUGAUACGGUAAACGAAUCCAAUUCUGCCUCUCAUAGCUUUCGACGAAAAAAUUUAAAAUUUCAAGAAGAUUAUAGCUCAAAAGUGAGCUUUGAUAGCAGUCGGUUCUAUGGAUUUGAUAGCAAUCCAAUCAAGAACAGAAUUUUUUCUGUGUCCACCGCUAGUUCAUCUCCUCCCUGGAGUUUUAUGAGGCCGAGUAUUUCGAAUGCAAACAAUUCUUUUUCAGCUGAUUUGUUGGGAAGAAAAGGUAGCGGUCAAUUCAGCUCUAGCUCACUCCGGGGAUCUAGAGAAAUCACCAAUAGUUCUUUAGACCAAUCUUUAUAUCGAAAUUAUUUGAAUUCCUCAAUCUUUGGUGGAUAUGGAAAUAUAGCCGGUGCAUUCAAUAACCAUGGGCAUAAAAGAGCUACAGUAAGUCCCUUCGGUUUUCCAAAAAUUGGUGAUGGAAAUGAAGCAAAAGGUAUGAUUAAAAGAGGGCUUGAGAUUGUUGGUGAUAACUCAUAUCAGUUUGGGAAGAAUAGGACAACUAUUGAGCAGCAGCAACAUCAGCAGGAUGAUAACGAGUCCAUCAAGAAAGAAGACGUUCCUUUCAUAGAUUUUCUUGGUGUAGGGAUCUCUUAA